AUGAUGCGGAACGUGAGCAGGUGUGUGGUCCUCUUCACCUUGUGGUUCAGCUGUUCCUCUGCCCGUGAUGCUAUUCAGAUUGAAAAUCACAAUCAGAGCUGUGUGACCCAUCAUCUGAGCAUCGUGCCGGGCUCUUCUGUGCUCCUGCCCUGCAACUUCACCUACAACCCCCACAAUGUCGUCUCCUGGAUCCACGUUCCCACCGUCUCUGUGGUAACCAUCACUUCAGGAGGGCAAGUAAAGUUCGGGGACCCCAGAUUUGGACGUAUACACACGUUUCCAAACCAGGGCUCACGGGGAAACUUCUCCAUCUCCAUCAGCCGUGUCAACUUCACCGACCUGGGCUCCUACCAAUGUCUGAUGCAGGAUCAAUGUGUGCAAGUGGAGCUGGCUCUCAAGACAGUUAAGGAAAAGAGAACAACGGAGGAAAAUGGCUAUGAAAACCAAGUUGAUGAUGAGCUUUUAAACAGAUUACGUCAGGCAAGUCUCCGCAAACACCAUUAUGUAAAUCAAGAAGAACUCCGCACGCAGCAGAAAACCAGCUCGUUUGAGCACAGAAACCAAAAGCUUAUUGUUUACAACCAUCUACUUCACCGUAACGUCCUCCUUCCUGCCUGCCCGCGCCUGCUAGUACGAGCCGUACGAGCAGUGAACGACUCACUGUGGUUCUGGAUCAGCCCCUUCCCGCUCCCCUUCGAGUCGUUCAGCUCUGAACGAAUCGUUCAUCUGAUCUGA